UGCGCGCCGGCCGCGCGGCCCAGCCUGACCUCCAUCUCGUCGGGGGAGCUGCGCAGCCUGUGGACGUGCGACUGCGAGCUGGCCCUGCUGCCGCUGGCACAGCUGCUGCGCCUGCAGCCCGGCGCCUUCCAGCUGCGCGGCGACCAGCUCGUGGUGCCCGGCCCCGGGGGCCCCGCGGCGGCGCGCGGCGGCUUCAACGUCUUCGGCGACGGCCGCCUGCGCCUCGACGGGCAGCUCUACCGCCUCAGCAGCUACAUCAAGAGAUAUGUGGAACUGACCAACUACUGCGAUUAUAAAGACUACAGGGAAACUAUACUGAGCAAACCAAUGCUCUUCUUUGUUAACGUACAGACCAAAAAAGACACCUCGAGAGAAAGAACAUAUGCAUUUCUUGUGAACACAAGGCACCCCAAAAUAAGAAGACAGAUAGAGCAAGGGAUGGACAUGAUCAUCUCCUCCGUGAUUGGGGAAAGCUACCGGCUUCAGUUUGAUUUUCAAGAGGCAGUAAAAAACUUUUUCCCGCCAGGAAAUGAGAUGGUUAAUGGAGAAAAUUUGAGCUUUGCGUAUGAAUUCAAAGCUGAUGCAUUAUUUGAUUUCUUCUAUUGGUUUGGGCUCAGCAAUUCUACUGUAAAGGUGAAAGGAAAAGUUCUGAAUUUGUCAAGUACAAGUCCAGAAAAGAAGGAGACAAUUAAAUUAUUCCUGGAAAAAAUGAGUGAGCCUUUAAUCCGAAGGAGCAGUUUCUCUGACCGAAAAUUCAGUGUAACUUCUAGAGGUUCAAUAGAUGAAGUUUUCAACUGCAGUCUGUCACCCAGAUCAUCUCUGACGGAGGCUCUUUUGGCAGAAUUGCCAGUUGCAAGUGUCCUGGAAUCUGAAGAGACACCUAACCAAUUUAUGUGAUGGGCUUGAACAUUCUGUGGUCACUGCUACCUGCCAGGCAUGUGAGGACAGGAGGCUGAGGGGACGUGAGACGCGGUGGGAGGCAGGCACUUCAACCUGUCGGUCAACCCCUCUACUCCCACAGAAGGUUCCUGUCUUCCAUUUCCUGGGUGAUGCCCCGGCAGGCCUGAUGCAGCUGGCUUCAGGAAGGGAGGGCUUUGCUCCGAUGGCCUGGAGGGGUAGCCUUUCUUUUUAACAUUCCUCCAAAGAGGCAGAGGGAACAGCAGAGUCCUGCCUCCCUGAAUGCUUUGCUUAGUAUCCUGGCAUCCAGGAAAGCUCCCUUUGAGGGACCAGUCUGACUUGGGUGUUGACUCUCAGUACCAUGUCAAUCACUGGCCCUCUGCUUGGGACCUCCUUGUCUGAACCCAAACCCGUAAAGCAGGUGGUUAGCAGUGCUAUUUUCUUGUGAACAUGGCUGGACAAAAAAUCCUAGAACAUCUUUCACUGAAAGAUAUGUUUCAUUCUUAGGAGAAACAUUCUAGGUAAGGAGAGUGGAGGAUUGGCCAGGUUGAGAGGACAGUAACCUUGCCACCCACUGCCUGAAAUUUGAGCUCUCUUGCUGUCUUUCUCUCAUCAGAGUGGCCUGCAGAGUAAAAGGCCAGAUGAUGUGGUACCAGUGACAGAGGAAGGAUAAUGUACAUGGCAGUGUCCUCUACUGGAAGCGCAUUAUGUCAGUUGGGUAUUUUAAAUAAGCUUUUAGCAAUCUUAACACUAAAAGCAAAAUAUAAGAAAGCUAUAACAUUACCACAAUACAUUGUUACAUCAAUACAUUUUUCAUCUCAUAGGUACAAUGGAGUUCUUCAAAAAGGAAAAAAAUCCUGUUUACAUAUAAAAACUUGCAUGAACAAAUCACUACAUAUCCUUAUAAUGAGGAAGAUUUAUGGGUCCGAGUAUAAUUUUCCUAUCUUUUCUAAACAACUUCCUGUAUUAUACAUUUUGAUAGCACUACUGAUUGUCCCUUCAUUUAUAUUGAUAUGUUGGGUAUUGUAUUUGUGCAAUUAAAACUUUUCUUAGCAUUCAA